AUGGACGUCUAUAAGAUCAAGCAGGCAGGAUAUGAGAAACAGCAAAAGGGCCUUGCUAUCGUGAACACAGCCAUCAAGGUCUCGGUACACGAAAACCAGCAGUACUCCUUAGAAGAUAAGGACACUGCCCGUGAGAGGCUAGUUUUCUUAAAGUCUCGGUUCAGCCAAUCCACCAACCGUUUCGAGACAGUUCGCAAGGAGUGGAAAGCGACGUCGCAUCUACCAUCAAAGAACGAUGUGGAUGUCGACAAAUGA